UUACUCGCUUCACUUCGAUUGGGAGAUCGUUUUGCUUCUGCGCCCGGAAAGCGACAAAACCCCACGGCGAUGGCUGACCCCGACGAGGUCGCCGCCGACGCCGAGCUUGAGGUGGAGGAGGAGGAGGAGGAGGAGGAGCCAGAGGAGGUGGAGUGGUUGUCUUCGGACUCGGAGCCGGAGCACCCGGCGCUGAAGCAGUGGACCCCUUCAUCGCUCGAGUCGGAGCCGGAGCCGGAGCAGCACCCAUCGCCCCCGCCGGCGACCUCGGCGUCGGCGGGGAAGGUCGAGGAGGAGGAUGAGGUGGAGGAGGGGGAGGUGGAGGUGGGGAAGCCGUUUAGAUGGCCCGGGUGGCCCGGCGCGAGCGUGUUCCGGCUGGUGGUGGCGACGGACAAGGUGGGUGGCCUCAUCGGGCGGCGGGGCGACACCAUCAAGCGCCUCUGCGAGGAGACCCGCGCCCGCGUCCGCGUCCUCGAGGCUGCCGCUGCCGCCGCCACCAACCGGAUCGUGUUAAUAUCUGCAACAGAAGAAUCUCAAGCAGAUUUACCUCCUGCUAUGGAUGCUGCAAUUAAGAUCUUCAUGCAUAUAAAUGAUAUAGAAAAGAUCAAUGGCGAUGACUCAAUUUCUGGUUCUGCACCAGACAAGUGUUAUGCUAGAUUAUUGGUUCCUUCAGCACAAGCCACAUACUUAAUUGGCAAGCAAGGAGUCAGGAUCAAGUCAAUUCAAGAAAUCACUGGUGCUACCAUAAAGAUUAUAGAUAAAGAUGAGCUUCUGAGUUAUGAUGUAGUGGAUGAAAGAAUUGUGGCCAUACGUGGUGCUCCCUCCAAAGUUCUCCAUGCCCUAAAAUCUGUACUUGGAGUUCUCCGAAAGUUCCUAGUUGAUCAUGGUGUGCUUCAUCUAUUUGAAAGAAAGAACCAAGCAGUAGGUGAGGAACAUGAUAAUUCUAAAGAAAAUCAAGUAAAUCAGGUUGCCAGUGAUUAUCGUCUCCCAGGGAACAAGGAACUAUUGUUAUCUGACCGUCAAACUCCUCCCAGCCCAAAAGUCAGCAGAUAUUUGUUGUAUGGCCGAGACCCAUCUGUUUGUGACCCAUAUUUAUCUGAUCCUAGUCACCAAUCCAAUACCGCAAUACAACAGAUCACACAAACAAUGCAGAUCCCGUUGCCACUUGCUGAAGAUAUAAUUGGUGCAAGGGGACAAAAUAUUGCUUUUAUACGUUCUGUCAGUGGAGCAGUUGUUGAUCUUGAGGAGAAUAGAGAUUAUCCGAAUGAGGUUCUAGUUCUGAUCAAAGGCAGCUCUUCACAGGUUCAAACUGCACAUCAACUUGUAGAGGAGAUCUUGUCGGGCAAUAGAGAACCACCUCCUGGAAGCAGUGACAGCAGACCUGAUGCUGGCCCAAAGUUUCUGAUCUCUGGACAUGCCAAUCCAGCAAACUGGGAUCACUUGCCAUCAUACCGCGGCCAUCAACCAUACAUUGUUCGAUAUGGAUCUUCAAGCUUACCGAGGUUCAGAGAAUACAGGCUGUAGCAAGCAAAAGUAGCUGCACCUAGCUUCAUUUCUGUGUCUAACAAUAACCACCAGGCGGCUGUGGGAGGACCGAUGAAGUGACUGUGAUUCCAAAUGAUGCUUAGAUAAUUAACUAAGGACUAAAGUAGUUUGUAUAUUCUGUUGUCGGUUAACCGAAGCAGAUCCUAAAUUGUGUCAAAUUCUAGUGUAGUUUUAACUUAAUUAAAGCUCCUUAUUUCGGUAUGGAGAAGUUUUACCAUGUCGGAAGGAGGGCUUUGUAAACUGUACAAACACUCUGGUAUUUAGUAGAACUACACCGGUUACCAGGCGCGACUGAGCUACCUGGCGUCUUAAGUCGCAAAGCCUUCUGCUUCUCUGAAACAAAAAAACAUGGUACACCAUAUGAUUAAGCAUGCCCCCUAUAGCAUAAUCU